UCGGAGUACACAGAACAGCUGAGGCAGCGUUCAGUUUCAGCCGGAGUGCCAUGAUGAUGGAUGUUUACAUGUCUUCAUUGAGAGCCAAUUAUCUUGCUUUUGUGUGAGGCCCAAGGAUCACUCAUGCUGCCAGGCUGCGCAGAGCACUGUUGGAUCUAGCUGAACGAAUUGUUUUCUCUGUCUCGGGUAAGAGCCUGUUCCGUUUACCUUCUCAUUCGAAACAGAGGUGGAUGUGUCUCACGGAGAGAAGAGUGCAAGGACUGAGAGCUGAGAGAAGUGUUCCUAUCUGGGUGACAAUAAUUUUUAUACAGGACAGAUUAUGACAGCUUCUUUCUUAAGGAGAAGAUGUUUAAAUUUUAUCAAAUGAAAUAUAUUUUUCAAAUGCUGGAUAAAAUGAGAUGCUUGCGAAAGCGUUCUACAGUGUCUUUCUUGGGAGUUCUUGUUGUUUUUCUUCUAUUCAUGAACUUGUACAUUGAAGAUAGCUAUGUUCUGGAAGGUGACAAGCAGCUCAUAAGAGAAACAUCCACACAUCAACUUAAUUCUGAACGUUAUGUCCACACAUUCAAGGAUUUAUCUAACUUCUCAGGAACCAUAAAUGUCACCUAUCGCUACCUAGCUGCAACACCUUUACAGAGAAAGCGAUAUCUCACAAUUGGACUCUCAUCAGUGAAACGGAAAAAGGGAAACUAUUUACUUGAGACAAUAAAAUCAAUUUUUGAACAGUCCAGCUAUGAGGAAUUAAAGGAAAUUUCAGUAGUGGUGCAUCUAGCAGACUUUAAUUCAUCCUGGCGUGACAUGAUGGUCCAAGAUAUUAUGCAGAAAUUUGCCCAUCACAUUAUUGCAGGAAGAUUAAUUGUUAUACAUGCUCCUGAAGAAUAUUAUCCAGUUUUGGAUGGUCUUAAAAGAAAUUACAAUGACCCAGAAGAUAGAGUCAGAUUUCGCUCCAAGCAAAAUGUAGACUAUGCAUUUCUGCUUAAUUUUUGUGCCAAUACUUCAGACUAUUAUGUAAUGCUUGAAGAUGAUGUUCGGUGUUCCAAAAAUUUUUUAACUGCGAUCAAAAAAGUCAUUGCAUCCUUAGAAGGAACGUACUGGGUAACUCUUGAAUUCUCAAAGCUUGGGUACAUUGGUAAACUCUAUCAUUCUCAUGAUCUCCCACGUCUGGCCCAUUUUUUAUUAAUGUUUUAUCAAGAAAUGCCUUGUGAUUGGCUAUUGACUCAUUUCCGAGGUCUACUGGCUCAGAAAAACGUGAUCCGGUUUAAACCUUCUCUCUUUCAGCACAUGGGCUAUUACUCAUCCUAUAAAGGAACUGAGAAUAAACUGAAGGAUGAUGACUUUGAAGAGGAGUCAUUCGACAUCCCCGAUAACCCUCCCGCAAGUCUCUACACCAACAUGAACGUCUUUGAAAACUAUGAAGCAAGCAAGGCUUAUAGCAGUGUCGAUGAGUACUUCUGGGGAAAGCCACCUUCAAUAGGAGAUACAUUUGUCAUUAUAUUUGAAAAUCCAAUUACAAUUAAAAAAAUUAAAGUGAAUACGGGAACAGAAGACAGACAGAACGACAUUUUGCACCAUGGAGCUCUAGAUGUUGGGGAAAAACUUACGUUAAGCAAACAAAUAAGACAAUGCGAUACUUAUUUAAGACUGGGGGACUUCAAAAACGGAAACUUUGAAAUGUCAGAUGUGAAUCAAAAAAUUCCGUUUGACAUACACUGCAUGAGAAUAUGCGUUACCAAAACACAAAAAGAAUGGCUGAUAAUUCGGAGUAUCAGCAUUUGGACUUCCUAGCCAAAUUGUCAGUACACUGAGUUUCUGAAGCAGGUCUUCCUGUUUCAGGUUUCCUAUCUUCCUCUUUUGCUACGUUUGUCUUUUGGAAGGCAACCCAUGGAUGUGAUGGGUCACAGAAAAAGCUGAUCAUCUCAGCAGUUUUUAUUGCAGUUUCACUACACACACCCUUGUAUUUUUGUUUUCACUUUUGAGGUUGAAUAUCAUUCUGUAGCUCAAGCUGCUGUCAUUCAUAUAUUUCAAUGUUCAUAGCUCCACGAUUUUAACCAAUAGUCAAAAAGAGUGAUGUGAAUAAUUUAAAAUGAGAAAAUUCUUUUCUUGGAUGAUAAUUAAAACACAGUUGCCAACUGUACACACUUAUUCAUGAAUUGAUAAUUCAUUAUAUGAUGAGACAGCUUCUCAUUAAAGAAUCUCUGAGAAUAUGCAGUUGGUUGCAAUCAUAAACUGGGAUAUUUUUCUUGGGAAUUUAGUCUCUCACUGACUGCUGUAUUUCUACAAUUAAUACCUCCUCAUAGAUGUGGUAUCUUUACAACAGACUAUUUUGUGUAAGUAGGGCUGUGGGAAAGUAGAGGUAAAACUCAUCCUUUCUCUGGUUAUUUCUAUGAAAAUGAACACUGCUCAUUGUUUUAAAACAUUUAAUUGAGCACUUGUUGAUAAAUUUUCUGUGGGAAGAAGUACAUUCCUAACUUCCCAUUGGAAAAAAAAGGAAGUCAAGCUCAGUAUUUUAAGGUUGCAUUGGAUACCUGUAAUUAACAGACAAAGAGAUAUGGCCUGUGGUUAGUCCUUUUGUCCAAACAGUUUCCGUAUAUGAAGAAAAUUGAAAUUGAUUUUAUAAUUUUUGUAUUAAAAUUCAUGUGAUUGAAAUUGUUGUAAUUUAUCAUAUUUGGGAAAGAUUAAAUGGCUGUCUUAUAUGCAAGAAAGGUAAAAUCUGCAGAAACUAGUUUACUUUUGUUUUGUUUUCCUGUAGCUAAUGGGCUAUUACUUCAAAUAACAAAUGAAGGAAUUCUUUUGUUUGUUUGUUCUGAUUAACAGACAACACUCGACUAUCUGUGGAGAUCUCUCCUACCAGAACUUAUGGUUUCUGUUUCCUUCUUUCCUUCCUUCCUUCCUUCCUUCCUUCCUUCCUUCCUUCCUUCCUUCCUUCCUUCCUUCCUUCCUCCCUUCCUCCCUUCCUUCUCUUUCUUCUUUCCUGUAUGUAUGCAUUUAUUUAUUUAACAUUUAUUUGUUUGUUCCUAUGUGUCUAUGUAUGCCACUUCUGGUCAGUGACUGCAGAAGCCAGAAGAGGGUUUUAGAUACCAUGGAACUCAAGUUACAGGUCACUGUGAGAUAUCUUAUGUGGAUGCUGGGAGCCAAACCAGUGUCCUUUGUAAGAGCAGGAAGUGCUCUUAACCACCAAACCACCAUUGAAUUAGUGUCUGCCCCAUGUCUUAUUUAGAUUUCAGGUAAUAUGCUAGACUACCUUGAAUUAGAUAACAAAACUGCUCCACAAAGCAUAUUACCAUGCUGUGUGAUGAUUGUAAACUGUUUUAAUUGAUGAUUUUGUGCUACCUGCAUACAAAUAGUAAUCAAAUUUUGUUGAGGGUUGGUCAGUUGUCUCCAUCUUUCCAUAAAAGAAAUUCAAGACACCACAAUGUGUUCAAACAUGUUAGUGUUUCAGUAUGUACUCAGUGGUCACCCUAUUCACAGUUUGAUAAGUAAGCAAAUGAAGUGGUUUAUAAUGAGAAAUAUAGGAUAUCUCAUAUGUCUGUGCUCAUGGGAAAAAAAUGAAAUACAGGUUAAUAUGUAUAUAUAUGACAAUACUCUCACACACAUACAUACAUGUGUGUGUGUCUCUCUCUGUGUGUGUAUGUGUAUAUAAUGUGUGUGUCUGUGUGCGUGUUGUGUAAAAAUAUAUUUAUGAUACUAAAAAAAGAAAAAAGAAAAAAAGGACAAUUGUGUCUGCUAUUCUUUCUAUUCUAAAAUACAAAUCUAACACUUAUAUAGUCCAAAAGAGAUUAGAUUGUUUUUAUUUUAUUUGCUCUGUUAAGAACAAUUAAAUGAGAAAAUCAGACUGA